UUAACUUUAAUUAACUAUGUGUUUAAUAUUAGUAAAUAGUUUAUAAAUAUUGAAAUUGUUAAUAUUUUACCGAAAAAUAAUGUCAACUAUAAAGUACCCAAACAGUGAUAUCUGUCGAUCUUGUUUAUCGAAUCAUCACAAUUCGAUGGUAACAAUAGCAUCAUUAAAUGUCAACACAGAAAUGGAAUCGUUACUAAAAUUUUUUGACUUAGAGGAAACAGAAGGUAUGACAACUUCUUUAUGUGACAACUGCGUAACUCAAUUACAAAAUAUCCUUAUAUUUAAAAAUCAAUGUGAAUCGUCGAAAAUAUUUUUAGAAAAAGCUUUAUGUGAUAAUCUUGAAGAUAAAAAUGAUUUGCCAAAUUUUGUAUCACCAGAUGUAAAAUUGAACGAUUUCGUAGAUGUAGAAAAAUCAGUUAAAACUGAAAAGUUAGAUGAAAAUCAAGAGUUAUUUGAUCAAAUCGAUAAUUCAUCGCCACAAUUACCAAACGAUAUUAAAAAUGAGAUUGACGAUACAGAUGAGAUAUUUAACACUGUUGAAGAUGACGACAGAUCAAUAUCACCAUUACCAAAUGAUAUUAAACCUGAAAAUGAUGAAACAGCUUCUAAAGAAACUUUUAAAUGCGAUUUUUGUAGCAAAGUAUUUCGUUCGGAUAGUAAUUUAGUACGUCACAAAUAUUUCACGCAUGGAGUCGUUAAGAAUGUAUUUCCUUGUAAAAAUUGUAGUCGAAUAUAUAGUUCAAAAGAGGAUUUAGAUAAACAUUUUCUAAAUCGACAUGAAACAGUUUGUAAUGUGUGCAACAAAAAAUAUAAGAAUAAUUUAAUUUUACGGCGACAUAAAGUGCAACAUCAAGUCGAUCGACCAAAUAAUUAUUGUCGAAUAUGUCAGAAAUUUUAUGCGAAUCGGGAUUCGUAUAGUAUUCAUAUGAAAAAUUAUCAUACAGAAGUCCCGAAAAAGAAAAUUAUAUGUUCGGAAUGUGGACGUUCUGUUUUCGAUAUUGCGGCACAUAUGGCGAAUGUUCAUAAAAGUAAGGAGUUAAAAUGUUCGUACUGUGAAAAAACAUUUAAAUAUAAGAAAACUUUAUUGGCUCACGUCGAUAUGAUGCAUGAAAAAUCAAGUAACGUACAAUUUUUAUGUCAAAUAUGCGGGAAAGUGUUUAAAGAAAAGGGUGCAUUAAAACGACACACAAAAGCCGUACAUUCCGAUGAGAAAAAUUAUCAAUGCAGUUUUUGUGAAAAGAAAUAUAAAGCAAAUUAUUUGAAAAUCGAACAUGAAAAAAUUGUACAUUUGAAUUAUAAGCCACAUAAAUGUGAACACUGUACGAGAUCUUUUUCAAGGAAAUCAAUUUUAUUAAAUCAUGUUCGGACACAUACUGGUGAAAAACCAUUUGUAUGUUCUAUAUGUUCCCGGGCAUUUGGACAAGAAAUUACGCUUAGAACUCAUCGAAAAUUGGUACAUGGAAUUCAUAUGAAAUAAGCAACAGAAAUGUUUACUCAUUUA